AGUGUUGGGAAAUUUUUUUUUAGUUUAUUGCAAGGCAGAUCUACCUUGGUUUAUUGUUUUCGGCCAUAUACAUUUGCUCAUUUUUGUAAUCAUGGACGCUGCACAAUCAACAUCACCGGAGUUAUCAUCCAACUCCCCUGAACCCAAACCAUCCACUGUUCCAACUCAGCUAUUGAGAGAAAAGAUACGCGAAUAUACCAAAAAACAUCGGGAAGCAAUUCGCGCCGAAGUUUCAGACUCCUUGAGAUUUCAGUUGGGCGAGAUUAAAGAACGUAUCCAAGAGUUGGACAAUGUCACUGAGAAAGAUGUUGCUGGUCUAGCUGCUCGCAUAAAACGCAGAAAGCAUGCCACAAUCGAAGAUAUGUACAGACUAUCUCAUGCAUUUCUACAGAAUGUGGCCAAUAUACAAGCAUUUAAUAAAAUUCCCGGUUCCAUGCAGGUUCUGAUCAAAGAACUUACUGGAAAUGACUCGGAAAGACAAAUGUCAGCUGCAGAGUGUCUGUGUAAUCUUUCACUUGGCGAAGGACCGGUAUGCGAGAAAAUUGCAUCGGCUGCGGGAAGUUAUCUGGUAACCUAUUUACAUAGCACAGAAUCUCAGUUGGUGCGUCUAUGUUUGUGGAUAAUAGCGAAUAUUUUGGCAACAGGUCAAAAGUGUGCUUCCGUUCUGAUGAAAAUGCAAUUGUUGCCACAAUUAUGGAAAAUGUACUGUGAUGAUGAGAUUGCAGAUCCUCUGUUAGAUUAUAGAGAAGAUGCUGCAAUUUGUUUGCAACUUAUGUCGUUGAACGCUCCAAAUCUUAUGACCCAAGAAGAUCGCAACUUUGUACUGCAACAGAUGGCCGAUAAAAAUCCAACUUGUGUGGCUGCUGAAUAUCACCUUUUCAUCGUAUUUCAUAUCCUUUUUACAGAACCGCAUAUAAUUUCCACAUUAUAUCCACCUGACGCUUUAUAUCUCCUGAACUUUUCCUUAAUUAAUUUAAACAAUACCAACAAUUUUCUCACCCAGCCACAACGCCUGAAGAUCUUAUAUUCAAUACGCGUUUUGGGUAAUCUCUUAGUUGUCCAGCCCUUAAUUUAUUCAACAUUAUUAUUACAAGUAUCUUGUGUUUGGAAAUCCAGCAUCACUGCAUUGUUAAAUAAGCUGUUUGCAUUCCAUAAUGAACAUUUGUCUCAAGAGGCAUUGUGGCUAUUGAAAAUCAUUCUACAUUUGGAAGAAGAAAAUGCCUUUAUGCAACCAAAUAUAUUGGAAAGCAUUCAUAUUUUUGAAGAGUGUAUGCCAUUUGAUGAUAAACCUAUUGAAGAGGAGGCAGCGGCGGCAAUGGCGGUUUAAAUAUUAUGUUAAUUGUUAUUUCGUUUUAGAUUUUUUGUAUAUACCUAUGGUUAAAAAAUAAUUUAUGAAUUUGUUUGAAACAGAACUGAAGUUUGUAUAAAUCUACAAAAUUUAAGUGAAUAAAUGAAAAAUGAUUUUUAA